CUCCGUUCUCCGGGAUCCACUGCUCCUUCUGUUCCGUCAGUGGGUAUGUCAUCGGGCCAGUUGUGCCCCAAAGAGCUCCAUUGGCCCUCCCCGCACAGCAGACAACGGUGUCCGGUUAUGCAUUUUGCAAGAGCAAUCCAGUUUAUCAAUCCUCGUUUCAUCAACCUGCAGAGAUCCCGCGCCAUGCAUAUCCAAUCAAUUCCGAUGUGGACCGGAAAAGGCAACAAUUAUGCCUACCUGGUCACCGAUGAGCCGUCAAAGAAGUCGGUCAUCAUUGAUCCUGCCAACCCUCCAGAGGUUGCGCCAGAGUUGAAGUCCCAGAUCAGCGCUGGGAAGAUCGACUUGACGGCAAUUGUCAACACGCACCACCACUGGGACCAUGCUGGAGGUAAUGACGAAAUGGCUGAUGUAUUCCAGCUGGCACAAUUCGGCAAACUCCCUGUCAUUGGAGGAAGCAACUGCAAGUCGGUCACGAAGACGCCUGUCCAUGGCGAGGAAUUCAAGAUUGGCGAGCGGAUCACGGUCCGCGCCCUGCACACCCCGUGCCACACGCAAGACAGCAUCUGCUAUUUCAUGCAGGAUGGGGAGCAACGCGUUGUCUUCACUGGAGAUACACUCUUCAUUGGCGGAUGCGGCCGAUUCUUCGAGGGUAAUGCCGCAGAGAUGCACAAAGCUUUGAACCAGACAUUGGCUGGCUUGCCUGAUGAUACCAAGGUCUAUCCUGGCCAUGAGUACACCAAGGCAAAUGUGAAAUUCUGUCUCCAUGUGUCCCAAACUGAGCCCAUCAAGAAGCUACAGGCAUUUGCAGAGGCGAAUCAGCAAACGCAGGGCAAGUUUACCAUUGGCGAUGAAAAGCUUCACAAUGUGUUCAUGCGUGUCAAUGAUCCUGAGAUUCAGAAUGUGACUGGCAAGACUGAUCCAGUGGAUGUGAUGGCUGCGCUGAGAGAGAUGAAGAAUGCCAUGUAGAUGUAGCCUGGCCACCAACUCAUGAAUUUCAAACCUCCAAUCCUUCCACCAAUUCGUACUCCAUGUCUAGCUGGGAAUACGUGUAG